AUGGCUUUUCCUCAGGGUUUCCUCUUCCAACCGACCAUGUCUCUGGCUCUGCCUAUCGGUUCCGGGGUCAUUGUGGGACCCAGGACGGAGGAACUCGGUUCCGCUUCGGGUUCCGCCUUCGCUCCGUACUCCGCAUCAGCGGCGUCUCACCUCCCGAUCGGCGGAGAGCCGCGCGCCACCGCAGUCAGCUCGUUUGUGAGUGCAGCUUAUGAUCCCUCUUCAGGUGUCUCAGGAUCUUUGGACUACCGCCCCUUUGGGCCCCUGGGGUCCUUCGCUUACGGAGACCCAUCCUACAGGAAGAGCGCCACGCGAGAUGCCACGGCCAUGCUGAAGGCCUGGCUCAACGAGCACAGGAGGAACCCGUACCCCACCAAGGGGGAGAAGAUCAUGUUGGCAAUCAUCUCCAAGAUGACACUGACACAGGUGUCUACCUGGUUCGCCAACGCUCGGCGAAGGCUGAAGAAGGAGAACAAAAUGACUUGGACACCUCGCAACCGGAGUGAGGACGAGGAGGAGGAGGAUACCGUUGACCUAGAGAACCAUGAUGAGUCCAUGAAGCUGCAUGGUGAAGAGCUGGAGAUGAGGAGCACAAGUGCUGGUUCUGUUCUCUCUACAGACUCAUGUCCAUUGCUAUUCCAAGACAAAACCAGAACCAACCACAGUCUCGUACAUCUGGACUCUGGUGACCGGAGUCACAUACUGGGUCCAGACUCUGGGUCAGGAGCCCAUCCUCCGAGCAGAACCCUCAGAGUCCGCGGGUCAGAACACACGUUGUCUCCGAGCCUCCCGUCUGAAGAGCAGGUGGACUCGUGCGGUGGCACCGAGGGACAAAACCCAAAACCUAAACUUUGGUCCCUGGCUCAGAUGGCCACAGGGAGCAGUGACUCAUCACAGUGCAGGGGGCGGAGCUCUCUGUCUCAUGGAUACGCCCCACCACUGUACUACACCUCCCCUUUCAUGGCCGGAUACUCGAGUUUUGGACCUCUGGAGGGCCUGCGCUUAAGCGGACUUGAGCGUAAGGUUCUCUCAGGGGCCGAAGCGGUGACCCCGGACUGCCACCUGCACAGCCAGAACCACGAGCAGCUGCACAAACUCACGAGAGCCAUGACUAACAUGUAGAAAGCCACCGGGGCUAGCUAGAACCACGCGGCACUGGAGGAACCUGCGGCUCAGACUUUUCUCACAACCAUUUUUUUAUCUGACAUUUAACAAACCUGACGUGUCAUUAAAUGUUUUUUUUACUGAAACAGAGAAA